UGAAAGUUUUCCGGAUUAUGCCGGAUUUCCGGAUUUUCCGUCUUUUUCUGGGUCAUUUCUGUGAAACGUGUAAAUUCGUUGAGAAAAUGGGUGGGGUAGGGUGCAUGCCUUCUGAGAUUUUUUUUUUUUGAGAAAGUAGGUCACGAAUGACAAAAAAUUCUGUUCAUACAAAUAAAUUUAGACUGCAGAUUCUCCUUUUUUUUUGCAAACUCCGCUAUGAACUCAGUGCAAGGAAAAACACAGAGGUGUACCGAUUUUCUGGUACCUGUAGACUGGUCCCCUGCGCACUUCUAAAAUCUUGGAUGGAAACCAUAAUAAGACAGGGAACCAGAUGUAAGGGUACCUGCAAUAUGACGUUUACGAUACUAUUUAUAGAUCAGGAUUUCCCUUCUUUGUUUACUUUUAAACUGCUCUUUGGAAGCUGAGGAACGAUUAAAAUGAAGUUCUUAGAAAAAAAAUCAGAUACUAAAUUGUUAGAAAAAGGUUUGAAAAACAAAUGGAGAUGGGAAUGGCAAGAAGAAAGAGAUGUACAGGGUCUGAAAUUUGGAGAAUGGUUGAGAAAAAUAGAAGUUCCUGGAAUGGCGUUUUGUGAUGUCUGUGGAAAAACUAUUAAUUAUAAGUCUAGCGGGAAAAAGGCUUUUCGUGUUCAUGCUGAUGAUGCAAAACACAAGGCAAACCAUAGGACUGUUAAAUCAAAUCAGGUUCUGCCGGGGUCUUCUAAAGCCAAACCAGAGACCGAGUCGAUGCAAAACAGAGUUGCUAAGCAGAGAGCGAUCACUGCAGCAUUCAUAAGUGAACACUGUCUCCCUUUUACUAUAGCUGAAGAUUUAAUAAAUUUUGCCAAAAGAUUGAGCCAGGAUAAGCCAGCCCUUGAUAAAACAACUUUAUCAAAGUCCAGUGCUACCUAUAUAACAACACAUGGAGUGGCUAAAAGCUUUAAGGAUGAGCUGAAGCAGAAACUGAGAGGCCAAAUGUUAUCUCUUAACAUUGAUGAGGCAACAAACAACAAUAACGACAAAAUCUUGAAUGUCAUAGUCCAGUAUUAUGAUGAUGAAGAAAAACAAGUUGCGCUAAGACAUCUUGGGUCACGUAAACAAAAUUUGGCUACAGCAGUCAACAUCAUGGAAUCGCUUGAAAGUGUCCUUGAGGAAUAUGAGAUCAAAUGGAGCCAGAUAGUCAGUUUACUGAUGGAUAACUGCAGCACAAUGAGGGGGAUCAGAGGUGGUGUGGAAGCACUUGCACGCGAGAAAAAUCCCCAUCUGCUUGAUGUCAGUGGAGACACAGUUCACAUGAUGAAUAAUGUGGCAAAGACAUUACUUAGCAAUGUUGAUGAAGGCAUUCAAGCAUUCUGCUCUGACUUGUAUUAUGAUAUAGAAGAGUCACCAAAAGUAAGGCAGUUGUUCCAUGAACUUCAGUCACUUAUGAACGCCACAACGCCAAAGCAUUUAGUUCGUCCAAUAUCCAGUAGAUUCCUUCAGAUGCUUGAUGUUGCCACACGAGUGAUUGAUCUACAGGACUACCUGAUAGUAUAUUACUACAGCUUUUUGACAGAAGAAGAGAAAACACAAUAUAGGUUUGUAAUAUUAUCAUAACUAUAAAGAAAUUGACAAUCCAAAGCUUUAAUGUCCUUUCAGAACUUAUCAUUAAUAUCAAUACUUAAAACUAAAAGUAUGUUUAAAUGUCUGUUUAGAAAUUAAUCUUUAGCAGAAGUAAAAAUCAUUAUCUUUUAGGUAAAUUUUGUGUAACAGUAUUGUUAUUAUAUUGCAGUUGAAAAAAAAACUUCAGGUGAGAGAAAGUAAAUGUUGUGGUAUAUUAUAUGUGGGUGCUGGACAUUUAGUUGUUUAUCAUAGUACAUGUCUCAAUUAGUUAUUUCUGCUUUCUCAUUUCUCUGUAUAGUCUUCCUUAUCUUUCAAGGACCUUCUCAUCUGGCAAUUUAUAACUGCUUAUUUUCCUCCUGUAUCUUAAUUUCAGUCUUUGAAACAUUAUGGCGGUAUUGGCUACUAUAGAAAUAACAUAGCUGCUUAAUAAUAUAACAUAUAUUUUAAUUACAUUUAUUAUACAUUAAAAUUGAUCCACUAAACUGUUUAUAUUUUUGUUAAGCAUAUGUAUGUUAUAACUGUAUUAACUAGUCAUCAGUUUAAUGAUACCUUAAUUUGAACGAGAACCAACACUUAAAAAUAUUUCAAAAAUAAAUCUUUAACAGAUAAUAUAUUGAAAGUUUUCAUUUCUUUAUCAAGCUUUAGUGCCAUUUAAACUUAAUCAUCUGCUUUUCAGGUCUAGUAUCAGUAAAAUAUUUAAAGAACGAAAAGUUUCUGAGGCAGCUCAAGCAGCAAUUACUCUUCUCCAAUUAGCACAAGAAAAACAACAAAAGUCAGCAACAAGCAGUGACAGAAAAGAUCGAAUCCUUAACCUCCUGUUUCAGCAAAAAAGGGAAACACUUAUCAAGCUCAAUCUUAUAAGGGGAUUAUUGAUGGAAUUCCAUGGGUAUGUCAAGGAAUUCCAAUCUGAGAAACCACUAAUUCACACCCUACACAGCCGUAUGUAUGAUGUAACAACAGAAUUGUUCAGCUUUUUCAUAAAGCCAGAAUAUAUUCCCAAUUCUAGUGUAAGGAAACUUUUAAAGGUUGAUGUGACUGAUAGAGGUAUCCAAAAAUCUGACAAAGACUUGAAUGUAGGCAAGUAUGCCUAUGCAGACCUGAAUAAGGCUAGGAUGGAUAAAGCAUGCAGUCAUUGGGUAACCAGUUUGUAUAGUCGCUUACGAACAGGGUAUAUCAUGGCUGCCAAAAAACUUCUCCAGCUACCACUUGACAACAAAACUAUACGCCUCAUGUCAGUGUUAGACCCCCAUAUGGUAGGACAUAACCAGACAGCUGUGUCGUUUAAGGAAAUUUCAAGUAAAUUACCCAAUGUCCUUACACAUGAAGAAAAUGGUCAACUGUGAGUGGAAGUAGACAAGUAUAAUAUAAACAGACAAGUGAAGGAUCUGUCACAAGACUACAAGGAAGAUGACAGAAUAGACACCAUGUAUUGGUCAAAAGUCUUCUCCCUUACCAAUUAUGAUGAAGUGCGCUACCCAAUGAUGCAAAAGCUUGUGAAGACUGUAUUAUGUAUUUUCAGUGGGCCUUUGAUUGAAUCUACUUUCAAUAUUAUGGAUGAUAUUGUGGAGAAAGACAGGACAAAGUUAACUGUUGUAAACUAUGAAGCAGUAGCAAUAGUCAAAACUGCAUUAAGGAAAAAGAAUGUAAAAAGCACAGACCUGAUUGUUAACAACAGCAUGAAAUCUGCAUGCAUUAAUGCCUAUGACACUUAUAGGAAAUACUUGCAAAGCAAAAGGGUGGAAGAUUUGAAAAAACAUGAAGAGAAGUUAAGCACCUCUGUUCAAUUACUUAAGAUUGAAAAAGCUAAAAAACUGGCAAACUUGGUAAGAUUGAAAAACCGGAUUGUGUCAAGAAACAGUAAGAAAAGGAAAAGUGAGGCUAAUGAAAGUGCUAGGAAAUGGAAAAGAAUAAAAACAGCUUAAAUUGUCAAUAUUAGUGGCAUUGUAAAUUUGUAAAUACAACAUGGUCAAGCUUUUGUAUGAAGUAUAUGUAUGUAUGAAUAGCUUUUAAAGAUGUGAUUUUGUUUAUUUUUUAUUAAAACUGUUAUUGAAAUUGA